UAGAUGUUCUUGUGUGCAGUCUGUGGUGAUGAAGCCAGCCCGCGGGUCCGGAAGGGCCUCCACACGGGGCCCCAAACACCCCGCAGAGAAGAAGACCAGCAGGCCUCACAAGCCGCCGGCCGGAGCUGAAGGCCCACACGCGGAGCCGCCGAGGACCGGCCGCGGUAAAGCCUCAGCGAUGGUUGUUAAGAGUAAAAAUCAGGGAAGUUGGAAGCCGAUGAGCAAGUCCUCCUUACUGGCUGUGGAGAAAAUGCUGGGUUUGUCCAUUCUAUCUGCUCUGGCAUUGAAAAACAGAGAAAAAGAAGAAUCGCAGAUGCAUCUCAACCGGAUCAAAGAUCGGUUCCUGGCCAAGUGUGCGCAGCUUCCUGUUCCCACAAGUAAACAUGGAGACCUCAUGCGCGUGUCCCAUCAGUUCAAAGCUGAGAGUAAUAAAUCCCAACACGGCAAGAAGACGCUCGAGUCUCUAGAGGAGAACAUGCGCUCGGUGGUCAGCACUCUUGAGGAGAUGGAGGUGAAGAUGGAUCGUUUGGAGGAGCAAUGCAGGAUUAUGAGAAGCAAACUCGAGGAUGAAGAGGAAAAAGCACAGGAGUUUCUCCAGCUGUCGGAGCAAACGGUCCUGCGUGUCCCUGCCGUAUCGCCUCGCUCCGCCAAUGAGCCGACGCUACAGGAGCAGCUCAUGAAGAUCGUUCCCAAUCCUCCGGCAGUGGUGCGAGCUCUUCAGGCGGUUCCGGUCCUCGGGGACGCAAGGGCUUUUCUGGAGCUAGCACAUGAACAGGUGGACUCAGUACAAGCCCGUAAUGACAAAACCCCGGCCUGA